GACGAGCGAGCCACAGCCACGUGACCCGCGGCGCAGCAGAUUUGAAUCGUCUUGUGUGUUUUUUUCGUGUCACCGUUUGAAUGCGACGCGGAAAAAGAAGACUCGCGUCUCCAGAGCCGCUUACAGUUUUACCGGGUCCGCUGCAGGUCUGAACCGGAUCAACCCGACCCCCCCACCACCCCUGACAGAGGACCCAACAGCGGGGAUGGACCGUGGAGCUGAAAGCGAUCUGUUCCUGCUGGCCGACGAGAAGUUCGACUUCGACGUGUCUCUGUCACCUGCCAGCUCCGACGGUGAUGAAGAUGAAGUAUUCGUGGGUCCCGUCAGCCACAAGGAGAGGUUUGCUGCCGUUAACGCGGCGUCUCGGCCUGAGGCCGGCGGCGCCGCGUGGGGGAGCUGGCGUCCGCUGAGCGGGGAUCAGCUGCAGGAGAUGUGUCGGGAAGCCCACCGACUAGCCGACCAGCUGCAGGGCUCUGAACUGAGCGAGGACGCCGCGACCACCGUCGCCGUGGACGGGUUCGUCCGGGGCGCCGAGGCCAAACUGGGCGUGCUCUGUCAGGCCGCCGGCGCCCUUAGUCCCAUCAAACGGCAGACCUUCUGUGUGCAAGACAGUCCCAUGAAGCAGCUGCCGCCCGCCGUCCAGCGCCGCCUGCUGAGAGGAAGCGGCGCCAACACCCCGACAUCCACCCGCCCCGCCGCCACCCGGCACGCCGUCGCAGCCUCGCCCGCCCGCCCCGCCGCUGCCAGCCCCGCGGUCGGGGUCAAGCCUCUGCCCAGGACGGGGCUGCGAGGGAGAGCCGCCCUCAGCGUCGCCGUCGUGCUGCCGAGCAAACCGGUCGCCACGACGACAACAACUACAACUUCCUGUCCUGCCGGCAGGGGCGGAGCGGAGAAACCCAGAAUGCAACCGCCGAGCAGAGUAAGAGAGGCGUGUUUGGCACUAACUCGACAACCUGCCGCUCGGUUCUCCCCAGAACCGGAGCUCACGGAACCAUUUGAGUCACCGCCGUUGGGGAGUUGGAGGCGGAGCCCGUCCUGCAGCGCGGUGGGUUCGUGUGAGGAUCUGCUCUCUGAUUCGGCGAGCGUGGCGUCCGACGUCAGCGACUCCUCCCUCAACGCCAGCCUUCUGGGAAAGCGCACGCUGGCUCCGCCCACCAAGCGUGCUCUGAUGAACCCGUCGGGUGUGAAAGCUCCGCCCCUUCAGAGGAGGAGGAUGACGGAGAGGAAGAACUCGUCCUCGUCUUCGUCCUCGGUGUCCAGCUUUAACUCCAGCCUCUCUCUUUCCCCCGCCGCCGGUAAACUGAACUCUCGGAGUCAGAGCGGCUCCACUGGUCCCGCCCCCAUCAGCAGGCCGCGCCGCUCCACCGCCUACGCCCCCGCGGAGCCGCCGUCCUCCUCGUCCGCCACCGGCCGCCGCUGCUCGCUGUCCACGCAGGCCAGAAAGCUGUCUGAGGCGGAGCGCGUCAAAGCCGCCAGGCCCGCGGCGCUCAAGAGGGCCGAGGCCACGCCCCUCCAGCUGACGCCCGCCAAGAGGGUUCUGGAGAGGGCCGCCUCCAACCCCGCCGCGGCCCGGCUGCAGAGCGGACUGAAGACCAAGUCCAAACCAGAGGCCUCGGUCGUGCCGACGCCCAGCGGAGGAGGUCGCCAUGGAGACGCUCCAGACGUCUCGAAGCCAAAGAGGCUGAUGUCCGGCGUGGACAGUCUUCCUCAGACGCCCUCUGCCGGCAGCCGCCGGUCCCGGCGGCCCUCCGCCCUCCCCACCCCGGUGAGGCGCCGGAUGUCCUCCAUCCCCCUUGCCACGCCAACCAGGCCGCCGCCCACCUUUGACCCCGCCUCGGCCAGGAGCGAGAGAAGCUGCAGCCCCGCCCCCGCACACACACAGGAGGCGGAGCUUGUUGAUGUCCACACCUUCUGUCUGGAGGAGGAGGAGCCGCCUGCUGCCCCGCCCCCCGCCAGCCCUCCUCCACAGCCUGACCAAUCAGAAAGCACAGACCCUGGAGAUCUGCAUCAGGGCGGAUCAGAGCCCAGCAGGAACCUGAUCGAACUGGAAACUACAGAGGAAAGCAAGACACAGGAGGUUCUCCUGUUGGAUCUUCCAGCUCCGACUCUGCGGCCUCAAGAGAAACUGCUCAUCGACUUGACCAACACCCCCGACCUGAUCCGGACCAGCGGCAACACCUGCACCGCGACUCAGCUGAUCGACUUGAGCUCUCCGCUCAUCAAGUGGAGUCCAGACGAGAAGAGAGAGAACAACGCGCCGCUCAUCAACCUGUCCUUCUGAUCCAGAGUCCACCUGGAGCCCUGGACACCUGGACACCUGGAAGUCUGGACACCUGGAAGUCUGGACACCUGGAAGUCUGGACACCUGGAGCCCUGGACGCCUGGAGCCCUGGACACCUGGAAGUCUGGACACCUGGAGCCCUGGAGCCCUAGACACCUGGACACCUGGAGCCCUAGACACCUGGAGCCCUAGACACCUGGACACCUGGAAGUCUGGACACCUGGAGCCCUAGACACCUGGAAGUCUGGACACCUGGAGCCCUGGACACCUGGAAGUCUGGAGCCCUAGACACCUGGAGCCCUGGACACCUGGAAGUCUGGACACCUGGAGCCCUAGACACCUGGAGCCCUGGAGCCCUAGACACCUGGAGCCCUAGACACCUGGACACCUGGAGCCCUGGACACCUGGAAGUCUGGAGCCCUAGACACCUGGAGCCCUGGACACCUGGAAGUCUGGACACCUGGAGCCCUAGACACCUGGAGCCCUGGAGCCCUAGACACCUGGAGCCCUAGACACCUGGACGCCUGGAGCCCUGGACACCUGGACACCUGGAUCUUGACUCUGUCCUCAGAAACCCUUUAAUAAUCAUAAUAAUCCUGUUGAGUUAACGACAGAGGUUUUAUGUUUUUAAUUGAUGAAAAUAUUCCAAAAUGUUGCAGAAUGUUUUUUUGUUUAUUUUCUGCUUUGCGGUUGUUUGUUUUAUUUGUCUCGCUGCUCUUAUUGAUGUCUGAAUAAAUGUUAACGUCUCGACUGUCAA